AUGGCAAGUGGCUACUUCCAUAUACUUUACUCUCGUGGAAGUGAAAUAUUCUUCCGAGAGAUCGAAGCGAGCACAGACAUAUUCUUCCCAGGGAAACAAGCACAAUGUCGAGUAUCGAAUCGCCAGCCGGUCGCUGGUCUCCAUAGAGCCCGUCCUUUUAGUUACUCCAUCCACCAGACUACCGAAGGCGACAGCGAAGAUCGUAAUCACAGGGAUACGUUUCAGAGAUACGCAACCGAGAAAUAUUUCGAAAGAUUUGAGUUCUUCAGACUGAUUCUGCCGGCAAUAUUUCAUCGCUCAGCAACUCAGCGCGGCAUUACCCCACCACAAGCCCGUAAUCAGUUGCAAACUUAG